CCUGAUUAGAUUACUCUUACCUACUUUUAGCUUUCUUUGAAUCUAAUGAAAUCACCCCCUCGAAGGGACUGCCUCGAUUCUCACCGCAGCUCAGCAAUACUCGAGCUAUACGGAUCAGAUCAUGGCACUGCAGGAGGGCACCCGUCGACGGCUUCGUUCCAACCACGCCUGCACUAACUGCCGGAGGAAAAAGACACGGUGUCCAGGCGAGAAACCGGUCUGCUCGUGCUGCCUCCGGCUCAAGCAGCAGUGCUCAUACGCCGCUGCUGGGGGCUCUACGAGUAGCCCUAAUAAAGACCGCCUGGCGGAGCUUGAGGCGAAAGUCAACCAGAUAUUACGGGGGGCUACGCACGACGCCUCCGCCGCCUAUCGGCCGACCAGCGCUGAAGAAUCCUCCCGGUCAGCACCGACCACGGCAUCCCAGCCCGAGCGACCGCGACAAGGAGAAGACGGGCCGGAGAUGCCGACCGCCCUCUCGCACGGCGACGGCGCCUAUCGCUCGGAUCCUGCUUUCCCCUCUGUUCUUGGGCUGGAGGACGGCAGCCCGCCGGCUUCUUCCCUGCUUGUCGCCCACGCCAUCGAUCUGUACCUGGAAUGCUGCCAUCGACAGCCGGUGUGGUGCUUGAAUGUCACAGAGCUUGGGAAUAUCGAGUCGCACCCGGAAGAGCUGAUCUGCAGCAUUCUGGCCUUGACACUACGGUUCGCACGGGAUCCGGAGCACGGGCAGCGGUAUGCGGAUAAUGCGAAAAGCCUGGUCAUGCUGCGCAUUGCGAAUGGGUCGGUCGAGCUGGCGACGAUUGAGAGUUUGUGUUUGCUGGCAUACUCGUCGUUUAUAGAUGGACACUGGCAGCAGGGACGGUUCUACCUGGGUCUCGGCCUCCAGCUCUGUCGAGCAGCCAUGUUGGACACCGAGGCCGCAUAUACGCCCGAGGACCGACAGUCGGAGCGGAAGAAGCGACUCUUCUGGAGCCUGCAGUUACUGGAGCAGGCUUACGGCCGACAGUCCGGCCUCCUCAGCAUCCCCACCACCACCUGGCGACCGCGCUACCUGUCCAGCAGCGGACGCAGAGAAUCGGACCGAGACCCCUCCUCCACGCCCCCGCCCAUCCCCAGAGACACAGUCGGCUGUUCCUCGCCCGAUGACACGGGCAUCUGGAGCAUGUCCAUCCACUUCGGCUGGGUCUGGAGCCAGGUCCGUGCCUACGUCUCCGACUGCGCCAACAGCCGCCUGAUCGAACCGUGGCGCCACGAGUCCAUGUACUCGGUCGUGCUGUCCAAUCUGACGGAAAUCGAGAAUAGCACCCCGCUCUGCCACCGCUACGAGCGAGUCCAGUUCUACCGACGCACCGCCGCCGAGAUCGCCGCGAACCGGGCGUACUGGGCCCCCUGGGUGAAGUUGCAAUUCAUGUACCAUGCCAUGCUCACCGUGCUCAACCAUCCGUUUCUGUACAUCAUCGCCUCGCAGCAUAACCCCAAUCUCGCCAUCCCCAACAGCUUCUGGCGGCGAUCGUCGGAGCUGGCCCUGCUGCACGCCACGUGGAUCGUGCGACUCAUCGACAUGGUCUCGGAGAAACAGGUCCGUCUCACCGACCCGUUCUUCGGCCAUGUUGCGGCCAUCGCAGCCAGCGUGCAGCUCUACUACUGCUGUGCGGACGAUCCGCGUCUCAAGCACAAGUCCCGCGCCGACCUGUCGAAAUGCAGAGACUUUCUGCAAUCCUUUGCCUCGUUCUCCCGCGCGUGCGAUAUCUUGACACAAAAAGUCGACGACCUCACCCGCAUCGCCUCCGGAGGCACCGAGAAUGUCGACCUGGACGACUGGGUGCCGUCGCAAAUCCACCUCAACAUCCCCCUCAUGUGGGACAUCCUGCAAUUCAACGUCACCGGCAGCGACAACCACCACCACCACCAGCCUGCAGGCGGGAGCCUCCUCCACUCCUCCCUCUGCCCACCCUCCACCGCCACCGCCGCCUGCCCCGUCUCCAACCUGGAGAUCAUCGUCACCGCCUCCCCGGAGGUCACCGUGAACACGACCGACGGGGGCCAGGCGGCGCCCGCGAUGUCGCUCUGCUGCCGCCCGCCGAAUGCGAGUCCGAGUCCGAGCCCCACGGCGGCGACCGCGGAGUCGCUGCGGAAUACCUCGUUGCGCGAUGCGGUGGUGGCGCCCGUUGACAGCCUGAUGCUGAAUACCCCGUGGCUGUGGACGGACCUGGCGCCUGCCGGGGGGCAAUUGGGCGGCGGUGGGAGUGCGAAUCUGGAGGAGGAGAUAGAGUAUCCGAAUGCGCUCGCGGUCGGUGAGGUCGAGGGGUCUGCGUGGUGGAACACGGGGGAUCUAUAACCGGUUUAUAGUACGAUGAGAACUCACUUGAAGGUAUCAUCCACGCGCAUACGAUAUAC